AUGGCCAAGAAUUCAGGCGGAGAUACGGAUGCGGAUCCGUAUUCUGACAUGGCGGCGUCGCAACAAUCUGUGGCGUCCCAGCUCAGCGUACCUGCCUCUCCCACAUAUCAUCGCCGUCGCAGUAACAUGCGGUCGAGAAGGCAGUCAAUGACCGAGCAGGUUCCCGAUGAACGGACCGCCCUACUCAAACCUUCGCGGUCUCGCAUACGCUUACAUAGCCCGAACGGAUCCGCUACGCCCAGGAGCCCUCGUAUAUCGAGGCACCACAGCUACCAUGGCGGGGCAGCGGGCUCAAGGCAUCACAGCAGAGCUGGCUCAUUCAGUCAACGUUUGUUGCACGCCCUCGGAGACAGGCAGGAUUCCCUGGUCGAAUCCAAAGGCUCCAUCUUCGCAGACGAGAGAGUAUGGUACGACCAGUUCACCUCAACGGAUUGGGUCCACGACAGCAUAGCAGAUGCCUAUAGAGUCAAGGCCUUGCGGUCACGCAAAGGCUUUUGGGGCAAAGUCAACGUGCUCUUUGAUGGCGCUCAAGGUUGGAUUUUAAGUGCGCUGGUUGGCUUCUUGGUAGCUGUGCUCGCUUAUUGUGUCAAUGUGGCCGAGACCACCAUAUUCGAUUACAAAGAUGGGUAUUGCUCAAGGGCAUGGUAUAUUCGGGAAAAGCUGUGCUGUCCACACGGCCCCUGUACGGAUUGGAGAAAUUGGUCCGAAGUGCUCGGUGGCCACCCCUUUGGCGACAAGUGGACUGAAUUCGGUGUAUACCUCAUCGCGGUCGUAGCGUUUUCGGUACUUGCUUGUUUACUCACCUUGACCACCAAGACAGUCGUUCCAUCAGCUUAUCGCAUGACUACGCUUGAUGAGAACCUGGCAGCAGAACUCUCGGCGGAGAUGGACGACAAUGAGAACGAGGACGAUUCUCGGAAUGCGAGCCCACGGGCAAAAUCAAUCGAGCCCACGGCUCCUCCCAUGGUCUACUACUCGGCGGCUGGCAGUGGUGUAGCUGAAGUCCGAGUGAUACUUAGCGGUUUUGUGUUGCACGGUUUUCUCGGAUUCAAAACGCUCGUCAUCAAGUCGGUAGGCUUGAUCCUUAGUGUAGCAUCCGGCUUGAGUCUCGGCAAAGAAGGCCCCUACGUCCAUGUGGCAACUUGUAUCGGCAAUAUCUGCUGUCGUUUAUUUGCCAAGUAUGACGGGAAUGACGGCAAGAGGCGAGAGGUUCUGUCCGCAGCCGCCGCUGCCGGAGUUGUCGUGGCUUUUGGUGCGCCACUCGGUGGUGUCUUAUUCGGACUGGAAGAGGUUGCGUACUUCUUCCCGGCAAAGACGCUUUUCCGAACAUUCUUUUGUUGCAUCACGGCAGCGCUAUCCUUGAAGUUCUUGAACCCAUAUGGCACACAUAAGAUUGUCAUGUUUGAGGUUCGCUACAAGGUUGACUGGCAGUAUUUUGAACUUGCAAGCUUCAUCUUGGUUGGCAUCUUAGGCGGUGCUGCCGGUGCGCUGUUCAUCAAGGCUUCGAGAAAGUGGGCUGUCACUUUCCGCAAAAUACCAGUCAUAAAAAGAUACCCGAUGGUCGAGGUCGUCUUGGUUGCCUUGGUCACGGCACUUAUUGGCUACUGGAAUCCACUGACGAAACUCCCAGUCGCCAAGCUGCUUCUGAAUCUUGCCGCACCAUGCGAUGACGAGUCCAGUGACAGUCUGGGGUUGUGCCCCGACGAAAUCAGUCAGAUACCCAACAUUAUGCGUCUCUUGCUCGCUGCAUUUCUCAUCAAGGGUUUCCUCACAAUCAUCACGUUUGGUAUCAAAGUUCCCGCAGGUAUCUACGUGCCGUCCAUGGUUGUUGGUGGUUUGAUGGGGAGGAUUGUCGGACACGCAGUCCAGUGGCUCGUGCUGCGAUUCCCAGGCUCAAGUCUUUGGGAUUCAUGCGCAGCGUACGCCCAAGCUACCUGUGUGCAGCCUGGCGUGUACGCCCUCAUUGCUGCCGGGUCGACAAUGUGCGGUGUCACAAGACUAUCCGUCACACUUGCCGUCAUCCUAUUCGAGCUGACAGGAAGUCUCGAUUAUGUCCUUCCCUUCUCACUCGCCAUCCUUGUGGCCAAGUGGACGGCUGACGCCAUAGAGCCGCUGAGCAUCUACGAUCUCCUGACUGAGAUGAACUCGUACCCUUUCCUCAACAAUAAACACAAACCAAUUUUCACGUCCGAUCUUGCCGACAUCCUUCCUCGCGUGCGCCGAGAGCGCAUCAUUGACAUCACAAACUCCCCCUUGGUACCUGCCCCGAGCUUGCGUACCAAGCUGGAAUUGUUGCACAGAGCUGGCGAAUUGGACGGCGGUCUACCAAUCCUGCGGGAUGGUGUACUCGUGGGGCUCAUCCCUGCGCCGGAUCUGGAGUACGCUCUUGACAAUCUGCCAGAUGAGGGUUCUGCAUUAUGCCUGAUGGCCCAGGUGCCCUCCAUCGACGAUGAUGAAGAUGACGAAAGAGACCCAACUGACUUUACACCUUAUAUUGAUCCUGCACCUGUCUCUCUAGAUAUUCGAUCUCCCAUGGAUCUUGUGUAUGAGUGUUUCGUCAAGCUUGGUCUUCGGUACAUUUGCGUCUUGAAAGACGGCCGGUAUGCUGGGAUGACACACAAGAAGCAAUUUGUCAAGUACAUGCGCGGGCUUGAGGAGAAGGAGCACGCAUCAUGA